UCUUACCUCGACGCCAAUCAGCUUGCUCGUGUGAACGCUCAGGCCAACAGCUGUCAAAAGAAGGUGGAUCAGAACCAAUGGGCUCAAGCAACCACUUGUUGGGGAAAUAUGGAGGACCUUAUUGAGCUGGAAACGGGUGGUGUUUCAUGGUACAAUAUCCUGAAGUACGGUGGGCAGGACGAUUGGUCGAAGAAACGAAGAAAGAGAGCAGCGUUCCAUUCGAGAAAUCGCCAGUUCGAACGUCAUGUUGCUGCCUUCCAACGAGAUGCGCUUUCCAGCUAUAUGGACACUACGUAC